AUGCAGCUUUCAUCUCUGUUGCUCACAGCGUCUCUGCUGGUCUCGUCGGUCGUCUGCGCUCCAGCAGCAGUAGCUAGCUUUGGCACAUCUUCAGAUGCUGAGCUCAUGCUCAAGCGCCAAUACGAAAAUACCAACUGGGACAAUGUCAUGCUCGGACGCGAUACGAUGGAAGAGCUCGAAAAGCGAAUUGUUUACAACCCACACAUCACCUCUCCCACCGCCGCUACCGUGUGGACUGCUGGCCAGACAUACACUGUCACAUGGGAUGCAUCCGACCUCCCAACCGAAGCCGAGAACUACACGGGCCAGAUUAAGCUAGGUUACGUUCCAGCUGACGGAAGCGGUGGUCUGAACCUGCACUGGACGCUUGCGGAUGGCUUUGCGAUCAAAUCGGAAGAGACGAGCGUCACCUUGCCCGCUGACCUUGCUGAGAGGGACGACUACAUUGUUGUGGUUCUCGGCGACUCGGGUAACGCCAGCCCCAAAUUUACGAUCAAGAGCGCUACUAGCGAGAACGAGGAGCUUGGCGACAUUAUUGAUGAAAAGAUCAACAAGGCGUUUGCUCAAGCUGGCAUGUGA